AUGUGCCUAAAUGGGAAUAUUUACAACUGUUUGGGUUCCAUCACAGGCUAUAGAAAGGCUGAAGACAGAACUGCACUCAAAGAAAAAAGCUCUGAGCUUUUAUCAUUCCUCACUGGCUCAAUCCCACCAGUUAUAUCUGUACUCAAAGAUGAUGAGCAAGCAGCUGAAUGUGGCUCCCCAGGGCUUCCGUUCUUGGCUCUGGCAUUACUCAUUCAUGGGUUAGCCCAUGCAAUGAGUAAAAGAUAUCAUGGGGGCAAUCCAGUAUUGACUCGUUGUGAUGUGAAGGAAUUUUACAAUUUUGGAUAUCAACCCGAGACAGAGUUUUUUGGUGGGAUACUUGGCAUAGUCUUUGAGAAUGGUACUGUCAAAGACCAACAGCUUCCUGAGAUUUCAUAUUUCACCCUCCUUUCUCCUGAGAAGAAGAUAUACAAGAUUGAUAUGGAUGAUGCAGCGACUUGGGAUAGUAGAGCGGAUGGAAAACUUGCCCCUUUUGAUUUUGACAGGCUCGAUGAGCGGAGCAUGACCGUUCCAGAUUUAUUUGCUCAAACGUGUACUGCUGUGAACACUUCAUAUGUGCCUGUCAAUAUUUGUCCCCAAUGGCAUCGUCCACACCUUGUUGAAAUCAGAAACUUGUAUGCAUUUCCUACCCAAGGCUGCAUGUGUCGCUAG